AUGGCGGCGGGCGCGCGGCGGCGGCAGCUCCCGGCCUGGAUGGGGGCGGCGGGGGACGAGCGGGCGGCGGCGGCCCCGGCGCCCAGGGCCCGGCGGCGGCGGGCGGCGGGGCGCAGGCCGGCGGCGCUGUACUGCAUGAACGAGGCGGAGCUGGUGGAGGUGGCCCUGGCGAUCCUGGCCGAGAAUCUACAGUGCGAGGAAGGUGACGAGAAUGCACGGUCCAGCAGCGAAGAGGAGCAGGAGCUCCCGCCAACACCAAACGAGGCUCCUGGAAGCAUGGCCAACAGGAAUGGAGACAGUGACCACGGGCCGGCACUUCCAUGCCCUCCUGGUGCUGGUGCUGGUGCUGACGCAGAGAGGACAGAUAGGAAGAACUCUGAGGACGAUGUCCUGAAAUAUGUCAGGGAGAUCUUUUUCAGCUAACAUCUCUGACUUCUCAAGAGAAGAGGGUACAAUGGGGAGGGUGUCUCCUCCCGCGGCCCUGAGAACCGUGGGAGGAGGACCGUGCAUCCAUCUGCUGUGUUGGUGCCCUGUGUAGCUGGUAGGAUAGCCAGGAAGGCCAGAGGGGGAAAGAAAAGAGGUACUCAGUUCUCCCAAUCUAUGCUGGGCUCGGUGGGAUUUGGCUCCAGAUUAGGAUGUGUUUGUUUCUGUUUCACAUUUCAGAGCAUGGACAGAUUAAAGAGGACACGUGUGUUUUCUGUGAGUA